AUGGCAUCCAAGCCCAUGACCGCCGAUGAGCUGCUCAAGCACCCAGAGUAUGAACACACAAUCUGGGACCUCAAGCCCACAAAGGCAGGCAAAGUUGCCGUUGCCCAAGGCAGAGGCGGCCCGCUGAACAUAGCAUACGAGGUUCACGGCCAUGGCGACAUCCACCUCAUCUUCGUAAUGGGCCUGGGCGGCAUGAAGUACGCCUGGCAACGCCAAACCAAAGACUUCGCCCACACCCAGGGUGACAAGUACUCAGUCCUCACCCUGGACAACCGUGGCAUCGGCGAAUCGGACAAGCCAUUUUUCCGAUACUCGACUUCCGAGAUGGCCAAAGACGUCAUUGAGGUCAUGGAUCACGUUGGCUGGACAGGCAAGCGGGAGUGCCAUGUCGUAGGGAUUAGUAUGGGAGGCAUGAUCGCACAGGAGAUGGGCUUCUUAGAGAACCUCUAUGCUCGUGCUAACCUCUUCAUCCCCAAAGCCCUUGAUGCCCAAAUUGAGAACGUGAAGCGCAAUCUCUACACGCAGGAAUGGCUCGACGCUCCAGACACUCUGGAACAUGUCGUCAAGCCGUUUCCUACGAAUGGAGAUCGUUUUGCUGCAAAUGAAAUGUGGAAGCGCACGCAUCCGGACUACUUCCAGAAGGGCGGCUUCAUUUUGCAAGCAGCCGCUGCAUGGCUGCACUACAAGAGCCCGGAAGAUCUUCACAAAAUUGCAAAUACUAUUGGCAAGAAUCGUAUCAUGGUCGUGCACGGUACGAAAGAUCGCAUGCUUACGUUCCCACUCGGCGUCGUUGUCUGGAGAGGUUUGGAAAAGGGUGAAGGCAGGACCGGCAAGGAGAAUUGGCUUGGCAUCGAGGAAGAGAAGGAUAUCUGGGAAGAGGGCGAGAUCGAGAAACACUUUGUCAAAGGUCAAGGGCAUGUGGUACCCAUUGAGCAAAGAGAAGUAUUCGGGAAGUGGCUGGAAGACUUGAUAAUGAGAGGUGAAGAGCUGAACAAGAAGGAGGGCAUCCAACGAUAG